UCACCUUAGGCUGCGCAACAAACACACUAUGAUUAGCCCGGAGCACGUUAUUCUGGCCAAUCGGAGCGCUCUACCCAAAGUAUGUGGAAUCUACAUCCGGUGUCAGCAGUUUACCGGGCUCCACCGGCCGGAGAUUCAUUCAUAAGAAAACAGAGUAGCGUCAGUGUCAGCGACCAAAACAGACUCUAGUAAACAUGGCGGGUUACCUAAAAGCUCUGACCACCUUAUCGAGGAGUACAGCCGCUGCACUGUCGCAAAACCCCGCAGUGGUCUCACCGGCCGCCGUCCGCCACCACCACAGACUCCAGCAGCGGAACUAUGCCACACAGCGCAUCAAGGUGGACCAGCCGGUGGUGGAGAUGGACGGGGAUGAGAUGACUCGCAUCAUAUGGGAGUUCAUCAAAGAGAAGCUCAUCCUGUCCAAUGUUGACGUUGAGCUGAAGUACUUUGACCUGGGCCUGCCCUACCGCGACCUGACAGACGACCAGGUCACCAUUGACUCGGCUAUAGCAACUAAAAAGUACAACGUGGCUGUCAAGUGUGCCACCAUCACCCCAGAUGAGGCCCGAGUUGAGGAGUUUAAGCUAAAGAAGAUGUGGAAGAGUCCCAACGGAACCAUCAGGAACAUCUUGGGUGGCACAGUUUUCCGUGAGCCAAUCCUUUGUAAAAACAUCCCUCGCCUUGUUCCCGGUUGGACACAGGCCAUAACAAUCGGCAGACAUGCUUUUGGCGAUCAGUACAGGGCCACGGACUUUGUUGUAGACCAGCCUGGCAAGUUCAAGAUGGUAUUUUCCCCAGCUGAUGGAAGCAAGCAGAAGGAGUGGGAGGUGUAUGACUUCUCUGCAGGAGGCUGUGGGAUGGGCAUGUACAACACUGAUGAGUCCAUCAGUGGGUUUGCUCACAGCUGCUUCCAGUAUGCCAUCAACAAGAGGUGGCCUCUGUACAUGAGCACCAAGAACACCAUCCUCAAGGCCUACGACGGGCGCUUCAAAGACAUCUUCCAGGACAUCUUCGAGAAGGAGUACAAGCCAGAGUUCGACAAGCUGAAGAUCUGGUAUGAGCACCGUCUCAUUGAUGACAUGGUAGCCCAGGUCCUGAAGUCUUCUGGAGGAUUUGUUUGGGCCUGCAAGAACUACGAUGGAGAUGUGCAGUCAGACAUUCUGGCCCAGGGUUUUGGUUCUCUAGGUCUCAUGACAUCAGUACUGGUGUGCCCUGACGGCAAGACUAUUGAGGCCGAGGCUGCCCACGGCACCGUCACCAGACACUACCGUGAACACCAGAGGGGAAGACCAACCAGUACCAACCCUAUUGCUAGCAUCUUUGCUUGGACCAGAGGACUCGAGCACAGAGGCAAAUUGGACGGAAACUCUGACUUGAUAAAGUUCUCCCAGACUUUAGAACAAGUCUGUGUGGAAACUGUGGAAAAUGGAGUGAUGACCAAGGACCUCGCAGGCUGCAUCCAUGGCUUGGCCAACUGUAAGCUGAAUGAACAUUAUGUCAACACAUUAGACUUCCUGGACGCUAUCAAGACCAACCUGGACAAAGCUCUGGGCAAAUGAAGAACAAUGAGACCAAUACACAUGCCAAUGUAGAGAGACAAACCAUGUCUGUAGAUUUUUAGCUUGUUUUUACUGUUCGUUUGUAUGAACCUUUGUAUCCAAUUCUGAAGGACCCAAGUUUGCUAUUUUUCGUGCCUUUUUUGUAUGACAUUACUGUCCUCUUCCUCUCCUGUUGCCAAUGGUCCAUUUUUGUAUUGCGGCAUUAAGUGAUUGUAUUGUAAUUAAGAUGAAUGCUAAAGUUAACUUAUAAUGCCCGCUUCAAAGAAGCUUAUCUUUCACAUUUGAUUAGAAUGUAUGUUCAGAGAAAAGUAUAUACAAACAAGGACAACAAUGAUCUGUUUUGCACUGUCAGAAUGACUAUUAAAAAGAAAUAAGUGAUUAGCAAUCACUAUAACAAGCAGCAUA